CAGCAGCAGCAUGAACGUGUCUGACAGCGUCUGAAGUUGUAUUCAACAAUGUUGUCGUGUGAAGAACUGAUGCAAAGUCUGCAGGAGUGUGUGAUCAGUGGGGAUCGAACUCCCGAACAUGUCCGUCACACACUCAGGCUCUUCACGGACAAACUGUCUCAAUCCUCCAGGAGCGAUGUGAAGAGAUGCAAGGAGCGCUGUUUGGAGGAGGCUGCUCAGCUGCUCAGAGCCCCGGAGGUUCAGCUCGGGGGUUUAGAGGAGCGGCACCUCCUGCUCCUUGUCAAACUGCUCCUCUCCAUGCAGCUGCAGACGGCCAACAUCUCCUCAGCCUGUCGCAAAGUGGACCAGAUGCUGCAACAUCUGGCCAAUGUGGACCACCAACUGGUGUUCAGAGAAACACGCCACUGUUUGCUCUCCAUGGUUCACACUGACCAGAUAUUGUCCAUUGAAGAAUUACAGAGAGCCUGCAUGUUCCUGGAGGACAGCAGUGUUGGUCGUGAGGUUUGGCGAGAGUCGUAUCAGUCCUUGCUGAACAAAGUGUCUGAGUUAUUUCCUGUUUUAUUGCAACAAGAGUCCCUCAGAGAUGGGCCACUGUGUUACACUGCUGUGAAGUUGUGCCUGCAGAUAUUCCAGCUGCUGUCCAGUGAGGUGGCCCCUCUAGUGUGGGAGAAGACGCACAGCAGCGCAGCGGUGCAGACGAUCCUGCAGGCGCUCGUGGACAUUAUACUUGGACAGUGCUGUAACAGGGACAUUUGUCUUUUGGCCGGCACUGCUGUGGCCAUGCUGAUCAACACAGCACCAGAAAGCAGAGCUGGAGGAGCUGCUGCCUGGAGUCUGCUGCAGGUCUCUGCCUCAGAGCCCUGGCUGCUGACUGUUGGCACUCUCCAGAUACAGUGCACCCUGACAGGAAAUGAGGCAGUGGCGAGGCUGGCUUUGAGCAGGGGCCUCCUGACCUGCUGUCGACCUCACAUCUUGCUCAGUUCACACCUGGAUGCCACCAAAAUGUGUUUACUGCUGAAUGGUUUGUUUCCUCUGGUCUACACUCUGUGUGAGGAGAAGCUGGAUUGUCACCAGUUUGCCUUCGAAGUGUUGGCACUGUGGCUGAAGAGGGUUAAAGAAUGUCUGGCUGAGAUCUGGAGGAUGACGGGUGUCUCCCUUCUGUCGGACAACAGCAGCCUGCAGCAACAGCUCGUUCACACCCUCUGGACCAAUGCAGAAAGCCCAGUGGAAGGCGUGUCUGAAUUUGUCCGCGAGGCCUUCUGUCUGCUGCUGGACAUCUACAAUGAGGACUGUGAACACUUCUGUGACACAAAGAAGAUUCUUUAUUCUACUUUACUUCAGCGAAUAAUUGAGCUGCCUUGGGAAACAAAAGCCAAAUAUCAUCGCCUCUGUGCCCUGCUGCCACAUCUGGGUACUGACACGGUGCUGGAUCAAUAUGCUGCAAUACCAAAUCAUCUCCUGAAGUGCCUGUCAGCCAAUCACCUCUCACCAUGUGCAUCAGAGCUUUACAAGUGUCUGAUCCAGCAGCAGAGACGGGAGCUAUGUGCCGGCUCUGAAUCGCGCUCCGAGCUUUAUCUGGCAGAUCGGUGGGCGAGGCGUUGGCGGCCCAUCCUUCACGAGGCGCUGACCUCUGAUGUGCCGCUUCUGCAGAACCACAGCUCGACGCAUUUACUCCCGUGCACCUUUCAAGUCUUCCCCUCUGCUGUGGAUCAUCUGCUGGCUGAUCUGGACCCGUAUGCCCCCGGCCACCUCCACGCCUGGGCCUGCGUCAUGAGCUCCUACCGAGCCUCGACUGGAGGUUCUCCCUGCUCUCUGCAGGGAGGCUCAACCCUGGAAACCCUCCGGCUGGCUCUAGGAUCUACAGAAGACAAAGUCCGUCUCGCUGCUCUGAACCUCCUGUGCUGCAGCCCAAAGACCAAAGAGACUCCAACCACAGAGGAGAUGGCGCUUAUGAGGAUGUUCAUUCCUCAGAACCUGAACUUGGAUUCCUCGCCGUUUCGACAGCAUUUUCAGGCUGGAGUCAAGAGGUUUGUGGUUCGUAUCAGAGACAGUUGCCUAGCAUGUGUUAAAGGACAAAAGACCAAGAAAAAAGAAGAUGCCAACCACUCAGAGGAUAUGCUGGAGCAGGGAAUAGGGUUUGUGGAAUGGCUGGGUCACCUUCCGUACAGUUAUCUGGCCCCAGGACACAGUUAUCAGAGGAAGAAGACUGUGCUGCUGUUGCUGUCCGUGGUGCUGGAAACCUGCACAGACACCUGGAGCCCAGACAAAAAGAAGGGACAACCUCCAGCAAACAUUGGGUCUCUUAUUGAAAAUGCCAGACAAAGAGGACAGUGGGAUUUCUUCAGCAGGACCAAGCAGCUGGUGCUUAUCAGCUGUUUAGAAGAUUCUACCAAUGAGAUCCGGGAGCUCUCAGCUGGGUUACUGUUGAGAUUUUUCCCGCCCCGUUUUCCAGACGAUAUCGCCACAGUGCUGCUCAUUCGAACCAAACAGCUCCUGCGCAGUCCUCGGGUGCAUGAGUCUCAGAUGGGAGCGCUGACGAUGAAGCUCCUUCUUCUGAAAUCACAGCACCAGCCUGAAGAUGGCAGACUGAACGGCGACGUUGGUGUCAGCAGUGGAAGUGACUCCUCCUGCAUGAUGAGGUUCCUGGUGAAGGAGCUGGAGGAGCACUAUCUGACAGCUAAGGCUGAUAUGAUUCUUGCUGCCAGAACCAAGCCCAUACAUGGUGUUGUUAGUGCCUUACAGAGGUGUUUGGUUGAGGCAGGCAGCAGCGUCCAUGACACACUCGACCGCAGUCUGUAUGCUGAGCUGCUGGUUCUGCUGGAGAACAUCACCCUGCUGCUGCUGGGCGUUCUGUACGGAGACCAGGAGGCUUGUACCACUGAAAACGAUGCCCCACCUUCCUUAUGUGAAAUGGGAAACGCCAUCAGCUCGCUAAUAGCCCAAACAUCUGAAGGAGGCCAAGUGGAUGACGAAGAGUGUGUCCUGCUGUCUGUAGAGCACAGCCUCGUUCUCACCUGCUGCUGGGUCUCACUCAAGGAAAUAGGAAUCUUUUUAGGUUUUCUGGUGGAGAAACUUCUCACGGAGUUCAAACCCAGCAAACACCUUCUAGAGAAAGAAGAUCUAAUCAGAGCAUCGAAAGUUUUCAAGAAUAUUCUUCUCAAAUGCCGUCACUGGGGGGCAGUAGAGGGAUGCUGUGUGGGCUUCACUAAGUUCUGUGCCUCUCUGUUGAGCAGCAGUGACCCAGAGCUCAGAGAUAUUCCAGCACACAUGUUGAGACAAGGAUUGCAGGUUGUGCAGUGUCCUCGCUCUACGUCAGUGACUCGUCGGGCUGCAGGGUUGCCUAUGCUCAUCCUGUGUGUUGUAUCUGCAGAGGAGGCCAGUAAAGCAAGGCCACUGUUAGCCCACAGCAUGCAGAUCUUACUGGAGACGGCCAAAAUGCCUCUGCCGCAAAACUGGGACCAAACUCUGGACCUGCCACAGGUGUGUGCGGUUCACACGCUGCAGGCACUGGUGCGUGGCUCAGGUCUGGGAGUAGCUGUGCUUCAGUUUGCUCCACCUGUAGCCAUCCUGUCACUCACGCUGCUCAGCUCUGCGUGCUGGGCCAUGAGGAAUGCUGCGCUGCAACUUUACAGUACUCUGUGCUCGCGAAUGCUCGGCCAGAGGCCAAGCAGUGAAGAAAGCGGCCCUACCCAGCACUGCAUGUCCCCCGCCUCCUUCUUCCUCCACUACCCCGCUCUCCAGCCCUUCCUCCUUGACGAGCUGAGUGGGGCAGCACAAGACUUGCAGACUCAGCCCAAUGAAGCCAAGCUACACCUCCAACCCUCGCUCUACCCUGUGCUCACGCUGCUAGCUCAACUCCAGCCUGGAGUCCAAGAUUCAACAGGAACUUUGUCAGACUUCCUACCUCCUCUGCUCCAGCUGGCUGCCAGCCCAAUAUACAGUGUGAGAGUCAUGGCUUCUAAGGCUUUGGUUGCCAUGACUCCCCCCUCGGAGUACAUGAACAUCCUCGUCACACUUGCGGCUCAACUGCCCGGGCCUCAGGAGCGCUGCUGUCACAACCGGCUCCACGGACAGCUGCUGCAGAUCAAAACCGUUCUCGAGAGAGCUCUGAUCCCUGCAGACAGUGCUCCUCCUCCCGCUCUGUCCGAGGUGCUGAGUAAAGUGGAUGAGUCGCUGUGGCUGGUGACCGAAGCUCAACGCUGCCCCCUAGUGAGAGCGGUCUACCUCGGAGUGGCAGACUCGCUCAGAAGAUUCUGCUGUGAGGCCUUCCUGUCAAAGAUCAGUGACAUUCUCAUGCACAACCUCCAAAAACCCCAAACUGGCCUUCAGGUUGGUCUGUCGUCCUUCCAUCAGCGAGCCAUCCACUUUCUAUUUGCGGAUCUGAAGUGGGCGUGCCAAAUCUGGGACAGCUUUCCUGCAGCGAGCCCUGAUCUGAAGCUCUCUCUGGUUACGUGGGUGGCAGAUGGGCAGGGUUCGCAGCAGACCAGUUUCAAAGAGGUGAUGCAGAGGGUGUUGCAGUCAAACCUGAGGGAGGCGUUGUUAAGUCCCAAUGUGGAGUACCGCAGGACCUACCUCACCGCCCUGGUGGCAGUGAUGGCUGCUGGAGCAGAGUCUUCUUUACCUCAACAUCUUCCUCAGUCGGCCUGUCUGCAGGAGCCAGUUCUGUCCGAGUGUGUGGAUUUGUUGCUCGGGGACCUGGAGCAGCAGCGAGGUGGUCCAGAGUUUCUGUCCCAGGCUCUGUGUGCAGCUAGUCUGCUGCUUCUCCAGCCCUCAGGCUCCAGUCUUCAGAUAUCCAUGCUCCAGCGCUGGUGUGGCAUCUUGGAAUGCCACCGGUGCCCAGACGCCCCUGAGGUGCUCAGGAUGGCGUGUGCUGAAGCCCUGUGUGUGGCUGGAGUUUCACUGAUGAGCCACAGCCUGAAAAAACACAGUAAUCUCAUGAUUAGGUUGAUCAACACAGGCCUUUACUUGCUGCAGGACCAAGACCAGCAGGUGAGAUUAAAAGCAGCUUGUUUUACCUCCAUGCUGCACCAUGUGAGAAGAGGAGAGAGCCAGCGGAGCGUCUACGUUAUGCAGGUGAACCAGGCCGUCCAGCUCCUGCUGGAGCUGCUGCUGGAGGAUUGCUCCGAUGCUCCUGGCACACUGGAGGUGCUGCUGUGUCACCUGCCACAGUCUGACCUCAGACGUGUGUUGACAGAGGCCUCAGAGAAGGGGUGUUUCAGUUUGUAUGAGCAGGAUCAGGCCAACGUGUUUGCUGAACCCUCCGUGAUGUCAGCACAUGUGCUGCCUCACCUGCUGCAGAUGGCUGUUAAACACUCUGAGUCCUCUGCUUUGGCACAGAGCCUGCGUGCCUGGGCAGAGCAGAGUGUUGAACAGGUGUCUGACGGCCUUGCAGUGUGCGAAGAGCUCCAGCCAGCGGAGACAUUGACCCCGGCCUGGCUGUCUCUCCUCAUGGACCACUGGUUUCACAGCACCCUGUGUGGCCUGUUCACCCGGGCAGCCUUCCUCCUCCGACUGUUGGAAACAUGUGAUGGUGCACGACGCCUGUGUGAUCCUUCGUCACUGCGUACGAGUUUACAGCAAGUUUUGAGUCGGCUCGGUCAGAACGGUGUCCACUUUCCCUCUGCUCUAGCAGCUGCUCUGGCUGGAGAGCAGCCACUGUGAUAGAGGAGAGGAGCUGUUUCUGUGCACUCCAUGAGCAAAGACUUUUGGAUGGUGUGGCCCUGGAUACAAUUACUGUACCUCAUGACAGCUACAUGUGCAGCUGCAGUCUUGAAUGAGUGCUGCAGUUGCUGAUGCUGCAGUACACUGGUACUUGGGAGGCUAACUGAGUUAUGCAGAAGCUCAGGGGCUGAAGCUUCUUGUUUCAAUCAUCAAAUCACCUACACAGAUAAAGGGAACCAAUAGGUGUAAUGUGCCAUGUGAACCAGGAAUGUGAAGUAAAACAGUUAUACCUCAUAACCUCAGGAGGUGUGGUUCUUCUUCAAUGAGUUUAAAAAUAUUACAUUUUUUGCAACUUUAUUCAUUUUGAGAAUAAAGCUUUUUAUGUAGAAUAACAGCCUGGCUCUGUCUUUAUAAUCUCCAUCCCCCCCACACACUGCUCAUUCUUAUUCCCAGAGCAGGCCUCCUGUCCUCUUGUUGUGAGUUGUUUGCCAUGUCUCAGCAGAAGAAGCGAGGCUCAGUCUGACGCAGUGAUGUAAUGCAACAGCGUCUGGAGAUAUUGGCUGCUCGGUGCCCAGCAGGGGAAUAAAGUGGACGUGUUAAUGCUCCAUUAGAGGCCUUCUGCCUGGAUAAGUGUCCACUUUCCAACCACAUGAGGGCUGAGGAUGAUUGACUGGGUCUGAUAGAGAGCAGGCGGUUGCUCCGCAACACACCACACACUAGAGCAGUCUGACAUCAGCAGAUAGCCCACUGCCUGUGUUUGACAUGGGAGGCUCUAGGUGUUGAACAAACAUGGCAGAGACGGCAAAUGCUAUGGUUGAUCAUAUUAGAUAAUUAACUAAACAUACAUGGACGUUUUUAUUAUUGUAUCCUCACCAUGUAACUUUAUGGUUUCAUCAGAUAAUGAAAUCCUCGGAAUUGUUUCCAAACAACAGUAAACCAACAGUAUCUGUAUUUUUACUGUUUCACAUUCCUCAAUGUGAACAUUAGGUGGAUCUAUUUCAGAUAAUGUUUCCACUGUGUAUGCAUGAAGCAUUCUGCUUAUGAACAUCGAGGUUAUGCAACAGUUAUGAAAUGAAGCUUAAUAAAUGAUUCACAAAUAAAGCUGCAGUCUAUCUCUCGGUGUGCAGGGCUCUGUGAGAUGAACAUGUGCCUCAGGUGAAGCGACAGGUGGAGCCUGGCAACAACAUGACACACAAGAAGAUGUUAAUAUAAGUUCAUUGAAAAUUAUAGCAAAGAAAGUGACAUACAUCAAUAUUUUUGGACAAAUCUUGAAUCAAAUAAUUUUUGCAGCAGACCAGUUUGAAAGAGGUGAGGCAGAGGGUGUUGCAGGUGAGACAUGAAUGGUUCCAGAGACUUCGGCCUAAAGAAAAACCUGUUUAACAGCUUUCAGAAUAACAAAGUCCCUAGAGAGCACAAUGUGAAGAAGCAUAAACUAUAAUUUCACACAAUUGUGUUUGUGCACACAUUCAUACAGACGUGCACCGUGUUGGGCACAAAAGAGUAGUUUCCCACUCUUCAUAACUAACAUGGUUGAAACUUUUCAUAUCAUAAAUCAUGAGGAAUUCAAUCAAUUUCAAAAGAAGGAUUGUGUUUGUUAAACUUUGCAUUUUUCAAAAGAAUGUUUAACAAUAUAAUUCACUGCUGAUCAGUGCUGUUGUAGGUUGUUUUAUUUUUCAAAGCCUUUGCAGAGCUGGAAAUUCCCAGAUAAGUUUACAGGGAUUUAACUUUUGUGAAAAUCUGGAUAUUGUCUUCAGGUAUGUCACAUAUGUUGUCAGCUAAACUAAACCUGAUCAACUCUGUUCAUCAGCUUCUUCACUCAACUUCAGCUGAGUUUGGCUAUGUAUAUAAUGGUAUAGUAUAUACAUGAAAAAAGUUUAGAUUCAUGGAGUCACACAAGAGACAUCUUCCCUGAAUCAUGUGCUAUUAAAUCAGCUAGUAGCUAAUCGGUAGUUAUGAAAGUCUAUUUGAGCCAGGAAACUAAUUUUUUUUUAAUCCAAGCCAUUUUGUACUAUCACAUAUAAAUAAAACUAAUGUUUUUCCA